AAAAGCUUUUUGUUGCUUUCUUUUGGGUCAUUCAUUCUCUCAGUAGUCGUGCUGAGGAGCUUAAAGGAAAGCUAAUUUUGCACUUCUUCAACGAUGGCAUCUCUGACCUCUUCCAGCCGCAGGUCGUCCUCGUCCUUCCACUCAUCGUCGCGUUACAGCACGUCCAGCUCCUUCAGGUCUGAGGGCUCACUGGGCGGAUCCUCAUCUGAUUCUCUGGAUCCACUUUUUGAGCCGUUUCUUGACUCUGCUGAUUACUCCGGUCUGUUUGCAGAGGAGGGCCCCGGAGGUCCAAACUGUUUGGCCCCCUUCAGCAGACACAGCCGAUCCUCCUUCGGACAAUCUGUUCCUGCAGGUGGCGCUGUGACAGCCAGGGAGAGCAGUACAGGUGGCGGCGUGCGUUGCCUGGGGGACAGCUACUACAUGUCAGCUGAUGUCAGCCAGUUUGAGCCGCAUGACAUCGUGGUGAUGGCCUACAACCACCACGUCGUCAUUCACGCCCAGAAGAUCCUCGACGACGGAGGCGUCAGUGCCACGUUCACCCAUAAGUCCCUGUUCCCGGAGGAUAUGGACCCCUUGUCUGUCAGUGGAAACAUUCAUCCUGAUGGCACUCUGGUUGUGAGCGUCCGCCGGACAGCAGCGCUGGGUGAACCGGAGCCCCCGGCUGUCCCAAUCUAUCGCAGUGAAGCUCAUCUUUGAUCCCCCCUGUACUUCACUGUACAUCACCUCCUGAUGUUUAGUGACUGUCAGAUGAUGAAGUUGUGAUUUUUAAAUCUUAAAGUGAAGGAGAAGUUACCGCUGAAUGGAUGCUAACUGUUUGUCCUAAUAAUCAGUCCAGCAGACAGACUGCUUCUAUAUUUGUGGUUAAAAUGUUUGAUCCCGAGAGGAUGACUCCCAGUGAUGACAGUGAGCCCGGGCACCUCUGUCUGGUUAAAGUUUCCCUUUAUCAAGAUGGUUAAAGGGCGAGUGGCGACAACUGCAGGAACUUGAUUGUUUGCAAAAUGUAUAGAUGAUAACAUACGACACAUAUCGCUCCCCAUAUUCAUAAAAAUUGAAGAAGUCUUGUGCUGCUGAGAGACGGCUGCAACGUGUAUUUUUGUAUUUUACCAACGACUGUAUGAAACAUGGACGUAUAGUCUCAGUGACGUCACCCUUUGGUUUCUGAAGAGGCAAUUUUGUAGCCCAAAGAUAUCAGCUGCCAUGUUGGAAAUUCUGUCACAACCUUGGAGAGAAAG